UACGGCGUCCAAAGACCGACGCCAUCUAACGUCUUGGCAUUCUUGUAUGUAUAUUUUUUUAUAUAUAUAUUUUUUACACACAUAUAUCUCUCUUUUUUUUUUUUUUUUACAUAUAUUGCUGAUUAUAUUUCUCUUCUAUUCAUGACUGCACGGUAAAAGUCCACGGGUUCAUAAAUAAUUUCGUGUGUGUGUGCUCCAAAAUAAUUCCAACAAAAUAAAAAAUUCUAUUAUUUGUUUUAAUAAUUAAAAAAAAUUUACAACAAUUAACUCAAUAAUAAUGUUAAUAAUAUAUUUGAGUGUUAAUAAAUAAUGUGAAUAAACAAAUGAAAAAAUAUUGUGAGCGGGAAAAAAUGUCGUCAUGGAAGAUGAGUUAACCCGUCCGCGAGGUCGCCUAUGUGUAUAACAAAAAAAAAAAAAAAAAAAAAAAAAUACAAGAAGCCUGUAAUUCGUAUAUCAAUUGUACUAUCAACACACAAGUGAGAGAGACGCGUUUUUAUCGCAUCGUUUGCAUCGUGAUAAAUUGGAGUGAAUUGAACAAUUUUAAUAAUAAAUAUAUAUAUAAAAAAAUACAGUGAUUUGGUGUUUUAAAUAGAAAAUAUAUAUAUAUUUAAUAAAAAUAUAAAAAACAAUGAGUGCAUCAGCAUUGAAAUCAUCAAUGCAAGGUGUUGGCACAUCACCAACAACACCGGGACAUUCAAUAUUACCAAUGAAUGUUGUUGCUCAAAAAGUUGUACCUGGUACUGAAUCAAGUGCAUCAAUGAAACCUUUAACAAAUAGUGGUAUGAGUUAUACAAUGUUACAACCACCAAAUCAACAACAAGCACAACCACUGAGUCUUGUGCAAGAUCACAGAUCUCAAGUUUAUCAAAAUCAAAAUCAAUCAUAUGCUAAUAAUACAACAACAUCUACAACAACCGGUACAGCAACAACAACAUCAAUUACAUCAACAACAACACCAACAUCAACAACACAAGCUAUUACAACAGCUGGUGCAACAACUACAACAACAACAGUAUCAACAACAAUAACUGGUAUUAUUGAUAAAGAUGCUGUUGAUAAAACAAUGACAAAUGGAGUUGAUACAACGACAAGUGGUGGUAAUAAUAGUGAUAUUAUUGGACAAACAAAACAAAAUCAAGAUACAAAUAAAAAUAAUAAUUCAAGUUUGGAAAAUACGAGUGUUAAUACAACACAACAACAACAACAAGAUUGUCAAAAACAAAAUGAUAAUAAUUGUUCAACUGUCAAUGAAUCAUCAGGUGCAUUGCAAAUAACAAAAUUAGAAGAAACAACAAAAGCAUCUGUUAAUAAUGGAUCAAAAAAAAUUGAAACAUUGCAAUCAAUUGUAUUACCAUCAUCAACAUCAUUAACAAUAACACCUGUUAAUAAAUUAAAUCAACAAAAUGAUGAUAAAAAAAUAAUUGCUGACAGUCCACAAAAAUCAACAACAACAACAACAACAACCUCACCAACAGCAGCAACAACAACACAAUUAGCUAAACAAGAUAAUGAAAAUUUGCCAGUAACAACAGCUAAAAUUGAACAAAAAAUAGCAACAACACCACGUUCUACACAAAAAAGAAAAUCACGUGAAACAAAAGAUUUAAAAACAAAUAGUGAUGGUGGUAAACCAAAAAGAACACGUGUACAAACACAACCAUAUCAAAGUCCAUUACCAGAAAUUGCAUUAAUUGUUAAAGAAACAAUGAAAAAAACAACAAGUACUAAAAAUCCAGAUGAUAAACUUAUUGUUUUUUAUAAAAAUGAAUUUUUAGCUGUACGUAAUUCAGAGGGUAGUUUUUAUGUUUGUCAAGCAAUGCAAAAUAUUUAUAAAUCAAGUAGACGUAUACGUAUACGUUGGUUAUCACAAGAUAAAAAUAAUGGUGAAAUUUAUUCACCAGAUUUUUAUGAUUUUACAGAUUUUGAUUGUAUAUUGACAAAUUUAAAUUUGAAUAAAAUUGAUAAAAAUAAAUAUCAAUUAACGAAAAUUGAACUUUUACGUACGGAAAAUAUAUUAAAAAGAGCUAUUGAUGUUGAAGCUGGAGUUUCAGAAAAACCAAGUGUAACAGAAGAACAUCCUGAUGGACUUGAUUUGUCAUUAUUUAAAGAUGAAUCACAAUUAAAAAGAAGAAAAAAAGGUAAAGGAAAAGAAAGUAAUUCAAAUAAAUCACCAAAACGUCAACGUAAACGUUCAAGACAAGAUGAUUCAUCAAGUUCGUCUGAUGAUGAUGACGAUGACGACGAUGAAGAUGAUGAUGAUGAUGAAUCUUCAUCAAGUGAGGAGGAUGAAAAAAAAACAAGUCCAAAAGUAAGUCGUGCUAAACGAACGACAAAUAAAGAACUUGCAUUAGCUAAAUCAUUGGUUAAAGUACCAUCUCGUGCUAAUCGUGCAUUAUUAAGAGGUGCAAGAACGAAUACAGUUGUAGAAGAUAAUACGAAUUCAUCUAAAAAACAAGAUACUAAAAAACAAACUGUGGCUAAAGAAAAAACGAGUCCUACAACAAGUCCUUCAACAAAUCCAACAACAAGUCCAACAACGAGUGCAACAACUAGUACAGCAACAAGUCCAACAACAAGAACAAAAUCACGUGGAUCAACUCCAGCAAAUGACACGGAAAAAACAAAUAAUUCAACGACUGGAAGAGCUAAAAGAGCGUCAACUACAACUGCAGUAUCACCAGCUGAAAAUUCAUCAACAAGAAAAAAAUCACAGGGCAGUACAUAAAUAAAUUUGGAAUUUAUUUAUUAUUAUUAUUCUUUUUUUUUUUUUUUUAAUUUUUUUAUCAUUUUUUUAAAAAGAAAUAUAAAUAUCAAUUUUCUUUUUCGUUGAUAUAUCGUAAAUUCGAACCAUGAAUAAUAAAAUUUUAUUCGUGUAAUAAUAAUUAUAAAUAAACAAAAAAAAAAAAAAAAAUUAAAUUUACAAGAUAUUAAAUAUUUGAUAAUAACAAAAAAUAACUUUGACCAAGAUUGUUGUAGUCUAGAAAAAAAUUGAUAAAAAAAAAAAAAAACACGUGAUAAAUGGUUUUUUUUUUUUUUAUUUAAUAAUGAAAAAUAAAGGAAAAAAAAUAUAUAAAUAAUUUUAUCGUUCACGUUUCGGAUUUACUUGUAUAAUAGAAACAAUGAGAAAGUCAAAAAAUAAAUAAACAUCUAAAUUUAAAAAGAAAAAGAAUCAUUGUUUAACAAAAAAAAAAACAAAAAUAUAUAUAUCUAAUUGAUAAUUAAUUUUUACCCAAAUUCAGUGUAUGAAUAAUAUAAAAGUAGAUAUAAAAUUAAAUAGAAUUGUUUGAUUUUUAUUUCAAAAAUUAUUAGAAGGUAAUUUAGAUUGUCUAUAUCGCCUUAAAAUAAAUUAUGAUUAAUAAUAAUCGACAGAGUGCUUUUAACAAUCUAUUGCACUUUUAUAAUAGUCUAUUUUUGAUGUUGGACGUGAAUCUUCCUUGAUUCAAUUGGGUUUGAUAUUUAAAAAAAAAACAAGUAAUAGAGAGAAAGAAAAUUUUUUAAAUCCUUCAAGAUAAGGAUAAAGAAAAGUUUAAAACUUUCCAGUGGAUAUUUAUAAUAUCUAUGUACAAAUAACUAUAUGUUUUUUGAGUAAAUAAGUCUUUUUUUUCCUUUUAAUCAUAGAAAAAAAAAAAAAAAAAAACGAUAAGAAAAUUUUUAAUUAUAAAAAAACAGAAUAAUAAUAAAUAAUAAUUGGCAAGGAGAAAAUAAAAUUAUCGAAAAUAGAAUAAUAAUAUGUACAUCAUGUUGAAAAAAAAAAAAAAUAAGUAAUCCACUGCUCAAAUUUAAUGAAGAAAAAAAACGAAAAAUAACGUAGCAGUUAAUUAAAAAUGAAAAGAAAAAAAAAAUAAUAAUGAUGAUAAUAUUAAUAAUUAUUAUUAAAAUAUGGUCCAACGUGUGUUUUUGAGUUGGAAGGUGCAGUUUUAAUUUAAUGAUACCAUGAAAAUAAUAAUAAUUAUUAUCAGUGUAAUUUAAAAGCACAAAUUGAGUGUAUGAUUUAACUGAAAAUUUAUAGAUUAAAUUAAAAACAAAAGUUAAAAUGAUUAAUUACAAUUAAAUUACACAAAAAAAAAAAAAUGAGAAGAAAAAUCAUAAAUAAUAAUUGUCGACCACGUUCAUUUAAUUUGCAAAUUAUUUUUAUUUUUUAUUUCGAAUAUUUCAUUUGAAGAUUAUAAAAAAAAUAUAUUGAUUUAUUAAAAUAUUAUUAUUAUUUUUCAGCCAUGGAUUUGGAUAUCAGAUUGUAUAUUUACCGAAAAAAAAUAUUAAGGCAAAUAACAGUCUAAAUUUUUAUUUUUAAUUAUCAUUUGUUGAUGUAGCAAUUUUAGUUGUUUUUCAAAUUAUAAUCAUCAUGAUUUUGCCAAUAUAUUAUAUUCAUAUAUAGGUAUAUAUUUUUUUUUUCUAUAAAUAAUUUUUUUUUUUUGAUUAAUCAAAAAAGAGCAUUUAGAUUAUAAUCUUAAGGCACAAAAAAUGUCUUUUUUUUUUUAAUUUGUAAAAGAACACGUGUAUUUUAUUUUUAUUUUUCAUGAGAAAAUAAAAUUUAUAAUUUGUAAAAAAAAAGGGAAAAUAAAAAUUGAGAAAUUGAAAAUAAUGUAUAAAGUCGUCGAGAAUGUCGUGAAGUAAAAAAAAAAUUUAAUUCAUAAAUAAAUAAUAUUGAUAAUCGUUGAUAAAAAUUUUUUAAAAAUUGGACAUUCUGGGUACAAAUUAAAAUUAUAUAAAUGAUGUGAAACAUUGAAUUAUUGUCUGGAAAAAAAACCAAACUGUUUUUGACGUUUAAUUAUAUUUUUUUUUUUGAUUCUCAAUUUAUAAUCUAUAUGGGCGUGUAUGAUAAUAGCUUGGAAUAUUUUUUUUCUAAUUUUUAAAUGCGCUUUAAGAAUAAUUAAUUGUAUGAAAAGCACACGCAAUAUACUGUUUAAUAAAUAAAUAAUUAAAUACAAAAUUGUGUAUGAAAAUACAAUAAUGUCAAAUUAAUAAAUGCUGGAUUAAUUUAAGUACAUGAACUGGUAAAUAAUAAUAAUUAAUAAUAAAUAAAUUGUCUUGCGUGUUGACUCAGAGUGACCUUGGAAAAUUAUUUAAAUAAUU